CCUAAUGACUGAAAAACUAUUUUUAUUGCUUUCAGCAUUACGCUCAUGCAACGACGUGUACCUUUCUCGGUCAAAUGCUUCCAGUCAACGAUAUUCACUCUUCGUUGGAGGACAACUGACCUCUGUGUACUGUCACAUGGGGGAUUUUGGGUGUGGCAGUGGUGGCUGGACAACAGUUAUAAAAAUGGAUGGUAAUAAGCAAACUUUUCACUUUCACUCUUCAUACUGGAACCUCGCAAAUGAGUACAACCUUGCUGGAGGAGAGACUGGGUUCGACUCGCAAGAGACCAAGUUACGAACCUAUUGGAACACGCCCUUCCACAAGAUUUGUCUCGGAAUGAAGAUCGAUCAGCAAAAACAAUUCAUAGUGCUAACCGAGCAGGCCAGUUCAUUGUAUUCACUGAUUGCUGACGGAACUCAUCGCCCCACAUCAUUGGGCCGUAGCGCAUGGUUAUCGCUUAUCGGUGCACAGGCUUCGUUACUACCUAAUUGUGACAGGGAAGGAUUCAAUGUGGUCAGCGGUAAUUCUGAUUUCGGCAAAGCUAGAAUUGGUAUUCUUGGUAACAAUGAGAACGACUGCUACACUUGUGAUAGCAGAAUCGGAUUUGGUACGGGAGGGUUACAUGAAGACAGCAAUACAUGCGGAAAUGGUGGCGCUCAAAUCAGAGCUAUGGGAUACAUCUUGGUGCAAUAAUUAAUCAUCUCUUCUUCUUUUUAUUUUAUUGUUAUAUAAAAGCUUCUUAACGAGUUCAGGCAUAACAGUAGUUGGAAAGUUUUUCUUAGCAAAGGGCAGUUAACAAAUUUAUUUAUCUCGUCGCCGAAUAAGCUAAAUUUCUUAUCAUUUUUCUUCGCGAUGUUUAUUCUAUAAUCAGCUGGUUUCUGGAGGCGUGACUUUGAUCUUUCAAGCGUAGGGGAGUUCAUGCUUACGAGCUUUCGUUUUUCGUAAUGCAUCAGCGGGUACGUAUUCAAGUAGAGAGAAAAACUGGUGAAUAAAUUUCCUAGUACUGGAAAAGACUGACAACAUAAACAUUCUUCGGAUUUGGGUGGCGCACCUUUGCAAACCAGAAACAAAAGGAGUCGCAUAUUAUUUAUUUCGAAGAAUUAUUUUAAGAGUAGUUAUGUCGCAUAGCAAAGUCAGGGGCACCCAAGUGCCCCUCUCCAACGAUCUAAUCAGACCUUGGUCAUAAAUGGGAACGCACUGAAAUAUAGCCAGAGGAACAGUUUAGAAUGGCUUCUUUUCGCCCUGCUAAGCUUCUUUAAGUUAUUCUAUCUUUAUGCUAUUUGUCUUAAUUCAAAUGGUAAAGAAUUACUCUACAAUUAGUCAUCAAUAGCAAGACAUCGUUGAAAAAGUACAUUUAUUUUUUAUUCAUAACGAAAUAACACACACAGAAGGUGAUACUCAUUUGCAUCAGAUUCUGCACGCAAAUAGAACCAGUUGUUAGGUCUUCGCUUAAUUGAUACACAGGCAAGACAGGCAUAGGAUAGAAACGCAAAUGUUUAAAUUUAUCAUUUGUUAUCACUUUUUGGUUCUGCUUUCUGAUAUGAAAGCUGAACAAAGCGAAUUUAAACUGGAUGGAAGAGCUGGCCUAAGGCGAGGAGUUUAUUUCCAAGAAAAAAAGGUAUCGUAUGGCAACUUUGCAGCUGACAAGUUCCAUCGUCUUCAGGUAUCAGUUG